AUGUACGCCGCUCAGAAUAUAACGCCAACAGUUUUGGAUGCCAUGAAUGGAAAUGUUUCCGAAUGGUAUAACGAAUGCGACAAUGCCAUUAGAAGGUCAGAAAUAGUUCCUGGAACUUACGAAUAUACAACUGCUGUUUCUUAUGGAAACGUAGGUGAGUUUGGAGAAGGUUCUUCAACAACAGUAGAUAUUGCUUGCGACAGGUUUCAUAUAAUUUCUAUUGACAACUCUUUCUUAUACGUGGAACAAGACAUUGAAAUAAAACCUUCUGCCAAGUUGUCUGACAAGAAAGGUUGCAAUGGAAUUUUCUAUGUCGGAUACCAAUAUGCUCCAGAAGUUUUCAUGGGAUAUAAGAUAUAUUCUAACUCUGACUUAGUUCAAACAGUAACAUGGGCAAACUAUGAAUGGUUCGCUUUGAGAAACUCAGUACAACCACAAGCUAGAGAACAAACAGACCAGUAUGCAACUAUUGAGAAAAUAAGAAGACUUGACCCUAACGUUCCAGGAGUUUAUGUUAACCUUUCUGGACAAACUGCAGCAGCAGUAACCAAAGUAAAAUUGAAACUUAGAGUUCCUUUGUCAUCUUUCCUCAUCUUCAGGUUUUUAAGAUACUUGCCAAACUGGGCAGGAAAAAUUUCUAUCGAACUUACUCCAAGCAAAAAUAACUUAGUCAUUGCACCAACACAAGACCCAUUCACUCUUACAGAAGUAGUGGGAACAAAUAAAAUGUCAUUCGCCGACUUUUGCAAAAACAAAGUUGACUUAGACUUUGGUUUCUCAAACCUCAACACUGAAGUAAACUAUUAUUUCAAUGCUGCUGGAGAUGCUUGGGACCCAGUUAAGUUCACAUGCGAAAAGUUUGAAUGCAAGAGAAUAGAAAGCAGACUUGCAGUCUAUAUGUUGGACCCAGAUAUUUCAAAUGCUUUAGCUGCCAAAUAUAUUGCAGUUCCACUUAU